AUGACAAAUCUUAGCAUUAUUGAUGAAUUUGUGCUGCUGGGAUUGUCUAGUGACCCGGAUAUCCAGACCAUGCUCUUUGUUCUCUUUCUGGGGAUUGACCUCCUGACCCUGAUAGGGAACCUGAUGAUGAUCCUGGUGAUCAGGGCUGAUUCUCACCUCCACAUGCCCAUGUACUUCUUCCUUGGACAUUUAUCUUUCCUAAACAUAUGCUACUCUUUAGUCACUGUGCCCAAGAUGCUGCAUAAUUUCCUGUCUCAGAAGAAAACCAUUUCGGUGUGGGGCGGCAUUACCCAGAGUUUCUUUUUCAUGACUUCUGGAGUCACUGAGAGUUGCUUGCUCUCUGCUAUGGCCUAUGACCGCUAUGCUGCCAUGUGUCACCCUCUGCUCUACACCGUGGUCAUGAAUAGACCUCUCUGCACUGCAAUGGUCGGUACAGCAUGGGUGAUGGGGUUUCUGAACUCACUAGUGAAUAAUCUUUGUGUUCAGAACUUACAGUUCUAUGGUCCCAAUAUCAUCUCCCAUUUCAGUUGUGAACUGCCUUCUCACUUCCCUCUGUCCUGCAGUGAUACCACACCUAACACCAUCCUGCUGGCUAGGUUUUCUGCAUUUCUAGGACUUGUGACACUUCCCCUGAUUCUCUUCUCUUACUCAAAAAUUAUUCUUGCCAUUCUAAGUAUCUCUUCCUCUAAAAGCCAAGGCGAAGCCUUCUCCACCUGCUACUCCCAUCUCACCGUGGUGCUCUUGUUCUAUGGGACCGCUCUAUUCAGGUACAUCAGCCCCUCUUCAGGAUCAGUCCUGUAGUGAGUUGUCUCUAUACAGUAUGGUGUGAUCACUUCCUUAUUAAACCCCCUCAUUUACAGCUUCAAGAACCAGGAGGUGAAUGCAGCUCUGCAGAGGAUGCUGAGGCAGCAGAUAUGUGUCUCAGGGUAA